AGACGCCUGUUUGGCCUGUCCAGCUGGCACCUCGAAAGUCAAUAGAGAGCACGACUCCAGACUCCUUUACCCGCCAACACCCACCAUCACCACUAAUAACGCCGUCACGACCUUCAUUCGCUCCUUCGAUUCUGGACGAUCCAUUGCAGAGCGUGUAUUUCCCUUUUGCGCGCCUCACGCCGCAUAAUCACCGAGCGCUGCGGCGCCGCGAGACAAUCAGCUGCAAACACACAACAUGGCGCCGCUGCCCAUCAAGUUCACCGAGCAGCUGCAGCUGACGGCCGUCGGCAUCGAGCCGGCGUCAAUAGGCUUCAACUCAUGUACGCUCGAAUCCGACAACUUCGUUUGCGUGCGGCAGAAGGUCAAUGAAGCUGCACAACCUGAGGUGAUCAUCAUCAACCUCAAGAAUGGCAACUCCGUGAUGAAGCGGCCCAUCAAGGCCGACAGCGCCAUCAUGCACUGGAAUAAGGAGAUCAUUGCGCUCAAAGCCGGAGGGAAGACGCUACAGAUCUUCGACCUCGCGCAGAAGAGCAAGAUCAAGAGCGCGACUAUGGCGGAAGAUGUUGUGUUCUGGAAGUGGUUCAGUGAUACCACGUUGGGAUUGGUUACGGACACCAGCGUUUAUCAUUGGAACAUCUUCGACCCAGCCCAGGUCAGCCCGGCCAAGGUGUUCGAGCGCAAUCAGAAUCUCUCUGGUUGUCAGAUCAUCAACUACCGCGUCAGCGAUGACGAGAAGUGGAUGGUCGUGGUCGGCAUUUCGCAGCAACAGGGACGCGUGGUUGGCGCAAUGCAACUCUACUCCAAGGACAGAGGCAUAAGCCAGGCCAUCGAGGGUCACGCUGCUGCAUUUGGCACUUUGAGAUUAGAGGAUGCGCCGGCAGAUACGAAGCUCUUCACAUUUGCGAACCGGUCGGCGACCGGUGCCAAACUGCACAUCGUUGAAGUUGACCACCAGGCCACCAACCCGACCUUCACGAAGCGCGCUGUCGACAUCUACUUUCCUGCCGAGGCCACGAACGAUUUCCCUGUAGCGAUGCAGGUCUCUUCGAAGUACAAAGUCAUCUACCUGGUGACCAAGUACGGCUUCAUCCACUUGUUCGACCUCGAGACCGGUACCACGAUCUUCAUGAACCGCAUUUCGAGCGACACGAUCUUCACGACCGCAGGCGACAGCGAGGGAGCUGGGAUUGUUGGCGUAAACAGGAAGGGACAAGUGCUUUCAGUGAGCGUGGACGAGACGACGAUCAUCAACUACCUCUUGCAGAAUCCCGAGAACGCAGAACUCGCAUAUAAGUUGGCGUCAAGAGCCGGUCUCCCAGGCGCCGAUUCGCUAUACCAGCAGCGGUUUGACCAGCUUCUUUCUAUGGGCGAUUAUCAGAAUGCCGCUAAGACUGCUGCGAACUCGCCGCAAGGCUUCCUCCGCACACCUCAGACGAUCGAGCGAUUCAAGGCCGUGCCGCAACAGCAAGGGCAACUUUCGGUUAUUCUACAAUACUUUGGAAUGCUGUUGGACAAGGGCAAGCUUAACCAGCACGAAACACUUGAGCUGGCACGACCUGUUCUGCAACAAAGCCGCAAGCACUUGCUGGAGAAGUGGAUGAAGGAGGGCAAGCUUGGAUGCUCUGAGCAGCUCGGCGAUCUUGUCCGUCUUCACGAUGUUGCGCUUGCUCAGCAAAUCUACCAAGAAGCUGGCGCAUCCCAGAAGGUCAUCGCUGCAAUGGCCGAAUCUGGCAACUUUGAGCAAAUUCUGCCGUACUCUCGUGAAGCUGGCUACACACCAGACUUCAACGCCUUAAUCCAGCAUGUGGCACGUGUCAACCCGGACAAGGCUGCCGAAUUCGCUACAAGCAUUGCUCGCGAGGACCCUUCGCUGCUUGACGUUGAUCGUGUGCUUGACAUUUUCCAAGCUCAAGGCAUGGUGCAGCAGGCCACGGCAUUCCUUCUGGAUGCUCUGUCUGCUAAUCUACCUGAACAAGGACACUUGCAGACACGACUUCUGGAGAUGAAUCUGCAGAAUGCCCCGCAGGUCGCAGAUGCUAUCCUUGGCAAUGAGAUGUUCUCGCAUUACGACAAGGCGCGCAUUGCGUCGCUGUGCGAGGGCGCUGGUCUCCUGACGAGAGCUCUCGAGCACUACGAGGACCCUGCAUCCAUCAAGCGAUGCAUUGUGCAGACUGACAAGAUCCCAGAAGACUGGCUCAUCAACUACUUUGGCCGUCUGACUGUUGAUCUCGCAAUGGAAUGCAUGGACGAAAUGCUCAAGGUCAACAUCCGCCAGAAUUUGCAAGCAGUCAUCAACAUCUCCAAGAAGUACAGCGAUCUUUUCGGUCCUACCCGAAUCAUCGACCUCCUCGAGAAGUACCGUACUGCGGAAGGCCUGUACUUCUAUUUGGGCGGCAUCGUCAAUCUGGCAGAGGACAAAGAGGUCACGUUCAAAUACAUCGAAGCCGCGACCACAAUGGGACAGCUGCAAGAGGUCGAGCGUGUCUGUCGUGAGUCGAACGCGUAUGAUCCUGAGAAGGUGAAGAACUUCCUCAAGGAAGCCCAGCUCACUGAGCAACUACCUCUCAUCAUUGUUUGCGAUCGUUUCAACUUCGUGCACGACUUGGUUCUGUAUCUCUACAAGAACCAGCAAUUCAAGUCUAUCGAGGUUUACGUCCAGCGCGUCAACCCUGCCCGGACUCCAGGCGUCAUCGGUGGCCUUCUUGACGUCGACUGCGACGAGAACAUCAUCAAGGGCCUUCUCAAUUCAGUAUCACCUGCAUCGAUCCCCAUCGAUGAGCUCGUGUCAGAGGUCGAGUCUCGCAACCGCUUGAAGCUGCUGCUGCCAUUCCUCGAGCAGAGCUUAGCUGCUGGCAACCAGCAACAAGCUGUGUACAACGCUCUGGCCAAAAUCUACAUCGAUUCGAACAACGACCCCGAGAAGUUCUUGAAGACAAACGACCAAUACGAUACUUUGGUGGUCGGCAAGUACUGCGAGAAGCGUGAUCCAAACCUUGCCUUUAUUGCGUACUCCAAGGGCCAGAAUGACCUGGAACUGAUCUCCAUCUGUAACGAGAACGCCAUGUUCAGAGCAGAGGCUCGCUACCUCUUGGAACGCGCCGAUUCAGAGAUCUGGUCAUAUGUUCUGUCGGAUAACAACAUCCACCGUCGUUCGCUGGUCGACCAAGUCAUCUCAGUUGCAGUCCCUGAGUCCACCGAUCCAGAGCGAGUCAGUAUCGCAGUCAAGGCCUUCAUCGAUGCCGACAUGCCUGUCGAGCUCAUUGAGCUGCUCGAGAAGAUUAUUCUGGAGCCCACCACUUUCUCCGAUAAUGCUAACCUUCAGAACCUGCUCAUGCUCACCGCAGCCAAGUCGGAUCGUGGUCGUGUCGCCAACUACAUUCAGCAGCUCGAUGCAUACAGCCCAGAUGACAUUGCUCAGCAAUGUAUCGAAGUCGGCAUGUACGAAGAGGCGUUCUUGAUUUACAAGAAGGCCAGCAACCACGCCGAAGCUGCCAAUGUCCUCGUUGAUCACGUUGUCAGCAUUGACCGUGCUCAGGAGUAUGCCGACCAGGUCGACCUUCCUGAGGUUUGGAGCAAGGUCGCCAAGGCCCAGCUUGAUGGUUUGCGUAUCUCGGAUGCCGUCGAGUCGUACAUUCGCGCUCAAGAUCCUUCCAACUACCAAGAGGUUAUCGAGAUCGCCACCCACGCUGGUAAGGAUGAAGACCUCGUCAAGUAUCUGCGCAUGGCCCGCAAGACUCUCCGUGAGCCACCAGUCGACACUGCUCUCGCCUUCGCUUUUGCUAGGCUGAACGACCUCCCUGCUCUCGAGGAGUUCCUCCGAUCAUCGAACGUCGCCAAUAUCGAAGAGUCAGGUGACAAGGCCUACGCCGAAGGCUACCACGAGGCUGCCAAGAUCUUCUUCACGUCUAUCUCCAACUGGGCCAAGCUCGCUACGACCCUCGUCCACUUGGAGGACUACCAAGCCGCUGUGGAGUCUGCUCGCAAGGCUAACAGCGUCAAGGUCUGGAAGCAAGUCAAUGAGGCAUGUGUGGCGAAGAAGGAGUUCCGUCUGGCACAGAUCUGCGGUCUCAACCUCAUCAUUCACGCAGAGGAACUCAACGAUCUCGUGCGGCAGUACGAGCGUGAGGGCUACUUUGACGAGCUCAUCAGCUUGCUCGAAGCCGGCCUUGGAUUGGAGCGAGCUCAUAUGGGCUUAUUUACAAGUCUCGGAGAAGCCCUUGCUAAAUACCAUCCCGAGAGAGUGAUGGAGCACCUCAGAUUAUUUUGGGGGAGAAUCAAUAUCCCGAAGAUGAUUCGCGCGGUCGAACUGGCCCACCUUUGGCCAGAAUUAGUGUUCCUUUAUAGCCACUACGACGAGUUCGACAACGCUGCUCUGGCCAUGAUGGAGCGCGCCGCCGAUGCCUGGGAGCACCAGUCCUUCAAAGAGACAAUCGUAAAGGUCUCGAACCUCGAGAUCUACUACAAAGCUCUCAACUUCUACUUGCAGGAGCAACCGUCGCUCAUCACGGAUCUACUGCAAGUCUUGACCCCCCGCAUUGACGUCAACCGGGUCGUGAAGAUGUUUGAGAAGUCCGACAACAUCCCCUUGAUUAAGCCAUUCCUGCUCAACGUGCAGCCGCAAAACAAGCGCGCUGUCAACGACGCCAUCAACGACUUGUUGAUCGAGGAAGAGGACUACAAGCAGCUGCGUGACAGCGUCAACAACUUCGAUAAUUAUGAGGCGGUGGCUCUGGCGCAGCGUCUGGAGAAGCACGAGUUGGUGUUCUUCCGACAGAUCGCCGCCAAUAUCUACCGCAAGAACAAGCGAUGGGACAAGUCGAUAGCCCUGUCGAAGCAAGACAAACUCUACAAGGAUGCCAUCGAGACAGCGGCCAUUUCUGGCAAGACCGAGGUCGUGGAGGAGCUUGUGCGAUACUUUGUGGACAUCGGCAGCAAGGAAUGCUACGUUGGCAUGCUCUACGCAUGCUACGACCUCAUCCCUCUGCAUACCGUUAUGGAGAUCUCAUGGCGCUACGGCCUGACCGACUUCACCAUGCCAUUCAUGAUCAAUUACUUCUCACAGCAAGCUGCCACGAUAGCAGAGCUGCAGCGGGACAACGAGGAGCGAAAGGAGCGAGAAAAGGCCAACGCACCAAAGGAAGAUACUGGUCCAAUUCUUGGACAGUCGAGGCUCAUGCUUACUCAGGGACCCAUUGCCAACGGACAACCUAAUGGCGGGUACAGGGGCUUUUAGAGAUUUUGAGCGCGGUCGAUGUGUCGAGGAUGAUUUUGCUCUAUCGGCAAGUAGGCGACCAAGGUAACGAAGGGUUCGCUGCCUAGGUCACGACUUGCGAUUGGGCGAGAGUGUAUGCGGGUGGCCUCUACAGAGAAGAGGCAAAAAACUGGUUUGGUUGCUGUAUAUUAGACCGCUUGACGCUGCUUUGGUCUGUAUGCUACAUCUGUGCUAUACCGAUUACUUUUACCACUAUUGUGUCUCAGUCUGC